AUCAAAGUUUACAUCGCGUCGUCAUCCGGAUCAACCUCAGUAAGCUUCAGAGUCGUGUAUUCAUGAUGCCAAUGACUGGUGGAAGGAACUUGAUCCUUUUCUUGCAGCGUUUGAAUGUUGUGCGGGUGAACCAACAGCUAGCGUCCAUGCAUGAUAUCAGGUUGUAGCUCAAAAGCUGAAAAUCUUUCUUGGAGCGCACAGCUGCACAAAGGGGCUUUAUUCAUCGUAAAGCGUACACAUAUUUAUUGAUGAGUAGCAGGCCAGGACGCUGUUCAAAAUUACUCAUUUUCUUUUUAAACAGUAAAGGAAGUCGCAAGUAAAUACCUCUAUAUAUGGUAUUGAAGAGAUACAUAGUGAUGCAAGCACUUCCUGAUCUGCCAAAGUGGAUCAAGAAACAGCAACAGGAUGUCAUGGGGUUCCUGGCAGCCAAUAAGAUCAAUUUUGAGGAAUGUGACAUUGCAGCCAAUGAAGAGAACAGGAAAUGGAUGCGGGAAAAUGUACCAGUAGAUUCCCGGCCAGCCACCGGGAAUCCCCUCCCACCUCAGAUUUUUAACGAGGAGAGAUACUGUGGGAAUUAUGAGGCUUUCUUUGAUGCACGAGAAGAGAAUGCUGUGUAUGCUUUUCUAGGCUUGACUGCUCCACCAGGUUCCAAGGAAGCAGAGGCUCUAGCCAAAAAGGAGCAGCAGUAGCCACAGACUCUUCAAUUGCCUGACACUGUUUUGUUUCUAACCUUCUGCUUUCAAUCCUAUAAAUUUACAUUUUCAUAUUACUCAUCAAUCUCCCAAUCAAAUUAGACAACCCAUUUCAGUGACACCUGCUCCUGCAUCUUACAGCUGUGGAUAGUGCAAUUGAAUGCAAUCCUCUGUAAAGUUGGAAAAGAAUUCUACUGUCUUUUUAAUUGUAUACAUUUGUAUGGUGGUAUUCGUUUAUGAUGUGCCAUAAAGCAGGUGAAUUAACAGUGGCUGCAUUUUUUCAUAGAUUGAAUUUAUUAUCCAUCAAAAUUGUAAAUUUAUAUUUCAGUUUAAAAGAUGUUCCCUGUUAAAUAAUGUUAAAGGGCUACAGUAGGUAGUAAACAUUUUGUCUCUCUUAGCAUAAAGUCAUUAGUGCUUUAGCUUGCUAUUUUGUGUCAGAAGAUAUGUUUAUGUAUUUCAGUGUUUGAUAUUGGAGACCAUUAAAGGUACACAAAGUAUUUCUUGUACUGAAUUUGUAAUUUCUUAGUAGCUCCCUAAAAAUCAAGUGUAAGGUCGGUAAUGAAUCCUUAGUAUGUCAGUAAUGAAAUCUCAUUAAUGUGCCAUUUAAGGUAAUAAUUUCUGCACAAUUUGUUAAAUGUGAGGUCCCAAUACUAACUAUAAUCAUUGUAAUUAUUAUUGUUCCAGAUAAGUAUUACUUAAUGUACCUUUAUUUCAUUCUCAGCUUGUCUUAAUAGUGUACAAUGUUUUCUAUUUUAUGAGCAAAUAGAAUAUGCCAAAAUUUUUUGAAGAACUGUAUUAUUGAAGGGGACAGUUCAUUAAAGCAUUGUUUUAAAUAAA